AUGGCUGGCCCAAGGCGUAUCUUGGAUAUAAAUCGCGCGACGACGGAGGAAUUGGAGGGUUUAAAUGGAGUCGGAAGAACAAUAGCAAAGAGCAUCGUGGAUGUCCGAACUGCUCUAGGCGGGUUUUCAAGCAUCGAAAACUUGCUUGUCAUUCCGGGUAUAGGACAUUGUUUUAUUGAUCUACACAAAGAUGCCCUUUGUUGUUCUCCCCUGCCCAAUCUUAACCGGAGAGAGACAAGAGGCUCUGCCAAAGCUAAGACUGGUAGGCACUCAUUAAACAGGAGAUCUUCUCCAACUGCAGCUAGCAAAGGACAUGGAACACCCAAGGGAAAAAGUGAAUCAAUAAAACGAAAACUCUCGAGCAGUAGUCAUGAUCUAGAAAAUGAGGAGAGUGAGAAAUCAUCACCAGAGAAAAAGUUCUGUUCUCCUGCCCAAAAGAGGCUGUUAAAGCUUCUGCCUCAUAGAAACUAUGGUACCAUCAAGACAGCCACACCUGUGAUGAGUCCAGUUGACAGCCGUAGUCGGCACAUGUCAUUUUGCAGCCAUCCUCCAGCAGGUCUAGAAGAAUGGUUGCAAACAUUUCUGCAGUGGACAGCUGAGGAAAGGAAAUAUGCUCUUGAUGAGAUCAUUGAAAAUUGUGAGCCAACAGUUGUUAGACACAUUAUGGGUACCAUUGAACCAAGAUUUCAACGGGACUUCAUCUCUCUUUUGCCAAGAGAACUUGCAUUAUAUGUUCUGUCAUUUUUAGAACCCAGUGACUUGUUACAAGCUGCUCAGACCUGCAAGUGCUGGCAAACACUUUGCGAUGACAACCUGCUAUGGAAGCAGAAAUGUAAGCAAGCUAAUAUUGAAGAAGAACCAGUAACUCCUGUGAAAAAUGGUAGGCGUAGAUCCAAUAAUGCACAACAGAUAAACCAAAAUACUAAAGCUGCUAACAGCCCUUUCAAGAAACUUUACAUGACAAAGCAGCGCGUGUAUUGGAACUGGAGAAUGGGCCCACUGCGUCCAUCCAAAGUCCUUAAAGGACAUGAUGACCAUGUCAUCACCUGUCUUCAGUUUUGCGGCAGCAAAAUUGUUAGUGGUUCUGAUGACGGAACUCUUAAAGUGUGGUCUGCAAUAUCUGGAAAGUGUCUACGCACUCUUGUAGGUCACACUGGGGGUGUUUGGUCAUCUCAGCUGAGUGGCAACAUCAUUGUCAGCGGCUCUACUGAUCGCACACUGAAAGUCUGGAAUGCAGACACUGGUUACUGCAUGCACACACUGUAUGGACACUCAUCUACCGUUCGUUGUAUGGACAUGCAUGACAGCACUGUUGUUAGUGGUUCAAGGGAUGGUACUUUAAGAGUGUGGGACACUUCUUCUGGAAACUGCCUUCAUGUGUUGGUUGGGCACCUUGCUGCAGUGAGAUGUGUGAAGUAUGAUGGCAGACGUGUGGUCAGUGGAGCAUAUGAUUUUUUGGUAAAAGUUUGGGACCCUGAAACAGAGCAGUGUAUACACACUUUGCAAGGACACACCAACAGGGUGUAUUCUCUACAGUUUGAUGGUGUUUACAUUGUGAGCGGCUCAUUAGAUACUUCAAUACGAGUAUGGCAUGUAGAGACUGGACAAUGCCUGCAUACCUUGAUUGGUCACCAGUCUUUAACAAGUGGCAUGGAGUUAAAAAACAACACAUUAGUCUCAGGAAAUGCUGAUUCUACGGUCAAAAUCUGGGAUAUUGCCUCUGGACAGUGCCUGCAGACCCUGGCAGGCCCAAAUAAACACCAGAGUGCUGUUACUUGCCUUCAGUUUAACAGCCGUUUCGUUAUCACCAGUUCUGAUGACGGCACAGUUAAAAUUUGGGACUUGCGGACAGGGGAGUAUAUCAGAGAUCUAGUAAAGUUGGACAGUGGUGGCAGUGGUGGUGUUGUGUGGAGAGUGAAAUGUGAUGAAAAGAAGUUGGUUUGUGCUGUUGGAAGCAGAAAUGGAACUGAAGAAACAAAACUUCUGGUCUUGGACUUUGAUGUUCAUGAGUAAUUGCUUGAUUUUUGCACUGCUUACUGCUUAAUUGCUCUAGCAGACAGUGCAAUAGUCAUUUUUUUUUGUAAAUUUUUUGUUUUCAUUUUGAAAGGACUCUCUUUAGUUUCUGGAACAUGUAGGCAUCAUUGUUCUCAUCUCAUUCAUUAAUCUUACAGUGUUACAUAAUUGUGUUAUUUUGUCAUCGGUGUUGUGGCUGCAAGCAACAUAUUUUGCCUUUUGUACAAAAUUUGUGAGUUGAGUUAAGUUGGACAGCACUUUGUAAAAAGUAAUUCAUUAAAGCUGUAUUUGCCUUUUGGAUAAUGCAAGGCCAAAAAAUAUAUUAGUCCUAUUGCAAAACUAAUUUUACAAACAAUAUUUCCAGGUUUGGUUCAUUUAGGCCAAAUGCCUCUUAUUGUGCUGACACAUGGCUUGUUGCAUUGAAUUAAAAGGGUGAGAGCUUAUGAACAGGAUUUCAUGACCACUAAUGCCUGCGGGUCAGGCAUUGUAAAAAUUCAGUAGAACAGAAUUUGACCUUUUAGUCAUCAAUGGCUAUACAAAGAAAAUUAUGCACCUCAGGGAGUUGUCAAAGUAAAUAUAUAUAUUUUUCCACUACCAUUGUAAUAAGAUAAUGGGUCAGGAUCACUUGUGUCCAAAAAAUUUUGAUGACACUUUCUUAUAACAUGAUAUUAUUCCAUUGACAUACUUGAAAGUUGUUUAAGUUUAUCUUUGUAUCAGGGGCCAGUGAUAUCUUUGGAUGGUUGCCUCUGUCCUUUGACGCUUUCAAGGAUCAUUACUUUAAGUAAAAGGUAAUACCAAUGAUUGUAUAAAGUGAACUAAGUUAAAGGUUGGGUGAAAUGAUGAAGACUGAAAAGCAAUAAAGCUUAUUUUUGUAACACUGUUC